CCGGGACCCUCUACUUCACGUAUUCUCUACGAACAUCAUGCAGAUGAUUCUGCAAAUGCUGAGAUGGAGAUGGAGGAUCGGGCUGCACGUAACCGGCGUCUGGCUUUAGAGCGCCUUGAGACCAAGCGUCGCAGUUCUGCACAAAUCAGUACGUUACUUUCCGUAAAUCCUUACGGCCUCAGUUAUUCUAUUAUCCCAAAUAUGCUUAGUACUCUUGUCUUCCCGUACGCAUGCAUUCAUAUCUAG